CCCUGGGGUGUUUUCCAGACGCUUACCAUCACCUACGCCUCGGAAGUCUGCCCGGUCAACAUGAGGGCGUACCUCGCAAGCUACGUUAAUUUCUGCUGGGGUCUCGGCCAGUUCAUCGGAAUUGGGGUCAUUAUGUCCAUGUUAGAUCGUGAUGACGAGUGGGCUUAUCGGAUCCCCUAUGCCCUCCAAUGGAUGUGGCCACUUCCGUUGGCCGUCGGCAUCUUCUUUGCCCCGGAGUCCCCCUGGUGGUUGGUCCGGAAGGGGAAGUUGGACAAAGCCAAGGCCUCCCUGCUACGCCUUACCAGCUUGAACCUGGAGACGGAAUUUGAUGCGGAUGAAACCGUAGACAUGAUGGUACACACCACGGCUCUGGAGGAGAAAACUACAAAGGGAGCUUCCUACUGGGACUGCUUUAAGGGGCACGAUUUGCGAAGAACAGAGAUCGUAUGUGCCUGCUGGGGUAUCCAGAACCUUUCAGGCAACUCAUUCUCAAACUAUUCCACAUAUUUCCUCACCCAAGCCGGUCUCGACUCCAACAGUGCGUAUGGAUUUGCGCUGGGGCAGUAUGGUAUCAACAUGGUGGGCGUUAUCGGCGCGUGGUUUCUCAUGAGCCGUGGCGUCGGCCGCCGGUCCCUCUACCUGUACGGCCUCUGCGGGCUCUGCGCUAUGCUCCUCGUACUUGGCUUUCUCGGCCUAGUUCCCGAAUCGCACCGACGUGAAGGCUCCAUUGCCACCGGCAGUAUCAUGUUGGGCUGGGCCUUGAUGUACCAACUCACAGUCGGGACGGUUUGUUAUUCUUUGGUAGGCGAAUUGUCUACGCGGCGGUUGCAGAUCAAGACAGUUGCCCUCGGGCGCGUGUUUUACAUCAUUGUAAACAUCAUCUGCUCUAUCAUCACCCCUUACAUGCUUAAUCCUGGUGCGUGGGACUGGAGGAACUUUGCAGGUUUCUUCUGGGCUGGCCUCUGUUUUCUCUGUGUGGUCUACACCUACUUCCGGGUACCAGAGCCAACAGGCCGGUCGUUUGCCGAGUUGGAUUUACUCUUUGAGAAGGGGGUCAGCGCUCGCAAAUUCGCGACGACCAAGGUCAACGUGUUCGCGGAAGAUGUGGGCGGCGACUUUAUGAACAAGUACCAUCAACGAGCCAAAGCUCAACCCACGGAGUUCUACGCAUCUUAG